GAUAAUAAAACAAGGAUUGGGAACCAAGAAUAUGAAACUCUAAGUAUAAAUGAUGCAGAAAACCAUGAAGGGUCUCCCAGUGCGUCCUCUGAAAACAAAAACUGUGCUGGCCAGAGACCCAGUAAUCCUGAAGAUCCUAAUAGGGCUGAUAACAAUCUGGGUGCCCCUGAAAUAUCAUGUGGCCCUAAUAAAAGCUCAGAUGUACAGAGCCAAAGUAACAAAGAUGAAAACAAGGAAAACACUGAAACCAUCACUCCAAAAGCAGAGGACUGUAAUGCACAAAUCUCACAAGUCUCCAAUGAACAAUGCAGUGCAGACACCAACAGCACAGAUAAAGGUGAUGCUGAAUCUAUGAUCAGCAAAAAAGAGAGGAAAACAAUCCCGCACACAGGAAAGAGACUGACAAUUUUCUGCGAGGCUGCUAACAUCGACAUUGUGUUUCUUAUUGAGCGGAUGAUCACAGAUAACAUCAUGAAAUCAUGCAGCAGUGGCAGAGUUGUGUAUUUUAUGGAUGACAGAGAGAACGAGUGGAAAUCUGUUUCAAUAAAAUCAUCUGUUAUACUGUUUUAUGGAUGCAUGGUAGCAAAUUCCUUAGGAGAUAUAGCUAAAUCUUUAGAGCCCAUUAUUAAAACCUAUGGAACAGAACACAUUAUUGUGGUGCUUGGUUAUGCGAAUACUACAAAAUCUGAGAAGGAGAUAAAAGCUGAGUGGAUUUUGAGCAAGUCCUCUUGUAGCAAAGUCAUCUGCUUUACGGAGCAAGAGUUAGACUUGAUCUCCCCAUCUCUCAAAGGACCCAAAACUGCAGCAAGAAGCAUGGCCUAUAAAGUAAAUUACAUCAGGCAUAUCCUGAGCAAAGAGUCCCAGCACCUCGGCAUGGAAUCAGUUAAGACCAAGAAGAAACAAAAGCCCACUGUUAGAAUCUUCUCAUGGUCAAAACGGAAACAUUCUGAAUGGCUGCGGCAACUGCUGAUUUCAAAACGUUUCCUGGAUCAAGAACAUGAAGUCAGAUAUAUUUAUGUUCCCUCCCCUGUUGACAAGAGUCUUGAAGAGAAGAUUUCAUGUUGUACAAAUAUAAUAUUAUACAUCACAAGCGCACAGCUGGGCUUUAAACCAGAGUUUUUACACCUUUUAGACAGAGACAAAGUAAUUGCAGUGAUUGAUAACUUAGAUGACAGCAACACAGAGACAUUGAUCAAGAUAAAGCAGACUUAUCCUCACAUCCAGAGAAUGUCACAAGAGCUCAUCCUCUUCAGCAGAGAAGAGAAGAGCUCAAACUAUGAGAAUUACCGGACGUCCCUUAUUCUUGCAGAGAAAACAUUACAGGAAAAAAUGAUACAACUGGAAGAUUUAAUAAAGGACACAGCGCCCAUUGAAAAUGAACGUCUAGAAGUAAUCCUAAAGGAACCUUGUAUCAGUGUGCCAAGUAUUUCACAUAGAUCAAUAGAAAACCAUACAGUUGGGAUCUUCUCACGGUCAGGACAGAACAAUUACUCCUGGAUUCUGACACUGCUUGAAUCUGAAAACUUCAGCCACAUUAAGGAAAUUAAACCUCAUUGCAUCACUAACAAUGGAUACCUAAAGUUUAGGGAAGCUGUCUCACAAUGCACAUUUGGGAUCCUAUAUCACACCAAAAAUUACGGAAGAGUCAAUGUCACUAAUGUCACUGACUCUCUGUAUGAUGAGGAAUUGAAGCAUUUAUCUGAUGAGCUGGGAAAGGAGAAGGUCAUUGUGAUUAUAGAUGAUCUGGAGGACAGCAGCUCAGAGGAGAAGAACCGGAUCUUGGAUUAUCAGCCAGACAUAGGGAAUCUGGCCAAAGAGUUGUUCAUCUUCAGUGAAAGCGAGAAGACGUCCUACAAGUUAAACCCUGGAGAUUUGCUGAUAGACAGUAGCAUUGGAGAGAAAUUCCUCGGAAUAAAAGAUCUACUGCAAUAAAAACCAUUUCAAUUGGA